AAGUCCUGGAUGCAACACUGGAGGCAGGGGUACAAAGGAGUUUUUGUGAGUAAGAUGCUCAUCAAAUGCUCUGUCGACCAGGGUUGCAUUGCUUCUCAAUUUUCACAUGAUUUCUAGACAUUAGAGUCCUUUAACAGUCCAUCUGCGGUGUCCCCUCAGAGAGAACGAUGUACGUGGUGUGGUGAGGGAAGCAGGAAUUAUGAGGACAGAGUACCAGGUUAACACACAAAGAGCCCGUGUAGUCAUGGCAUCUGUAGGUGACAUCAAGGAGGCAACUUGUGCGUAGGGUUCUUUGCUGUAGAAGCCCUUGGAGGACGGAGAAUGUGUCUUCUAACUCAAGCGCUGGAUGCUCAACUCAGUAUCCUGUACAUGAGAGAGUCUUAGUGAGGAUGGCUGGACUGUGAUGAUCACACAGGGUUAAGAGCAAAACAAAAACAAAAACAAAGACCUCAAAGCCAUAAAUCUUUGAGUCCCUCCGGUUGGGCAAUCAGUACGGAUGUGACCAUAGACCAGAGCAUUUAUCUUCUUUUCCUUCUGCCAUUUCAUCACCGAGUGGUGGUCCCAGAUAAGAAGUGUCAACGACGUUCAUCACCGACCUAGAGCGUGUCUAGCUUAUUUAUCAUGGGGUAUCGAUACGCAGACAUUUUGUUUUGUGUGAAGAAUUCAGCCAUGAACAGAUGAAUUCCAGCUGGGAAGAACUAUUCUCCACCGAAUUGCAGGGACUUCUUGAAUGUUGUCAACAUUUGGAGGCAGCUGAAGGGGGGAGUUCGAUGUAGUGACAAAUGGCUCAAUGUUCAGAAUUUCUACGUAUGCUGGAAAGAUAAUUCAGUCCAACCUCUCAUUGAUCCAAAGAAUCUUGGAGUUACUGCCAAGGAGGAAAACCACAGAGUCUGCUUGAAAAUAUCCUUGGGACUGAAGGGGUUAACUGACUGUGUAAGCUUUGUCUUACGUCCAGUGGACUUGUGGUUUGCUGAUUAAAGACUCCGGUCAAUGAUUGUUAGAGACCUGUCAUUGAUAGCCGUGGCUAGCUGCCGCGUUUCACAAGCCCGCUGACUCCUUGGCGAGGCAGUUCCACAUUCCCUGUCCCUGUACCCAUCUCAGUCUGCCGAGGUCUGCCUGCCAAAGGAUCUGUCGGGCCCAUCAACAUGAGUGACGAAGACUACAGCACCAUCUAUGACACCGUCCAGAAGGAUAGGGUGUAUGAGGAUUCAGAGCAGCCAACAGAGCAUGGAGGCCCCCUGUAUGAUGACGUCCUUGAAGGUUUGAGGUCAGAAGACAAUUUAUAUAUCAAUGAGCUGGAAACCCAUGAAUAUGAUUUGGUGUCAGCUCUUGCAGUUGUGGAGGAGAAGGAUAGCUUGGCCUCUUUGCAACCAGAUACAGGAGAAUACCUUCUGCCUGAUGAUGUCCGUCCUGAGGUCCAGGAUCUUGAACCAGGUGAGCCCCAGGAGGACAGGGGCAUUUCAGUGGAAGAGUUAUGCUCACCAAUCCAGGACCAGGAGUCUGGCCCAGAGGAGCCCCAGGAGAACGGAGGUAGGAUGGAGGAAGACCUGCCUUCUCCCUCAAGCUACACCAUCCAGCGGAGCAGAGCCUCCUCCACCAGCGGGGAUUCCCUGACCAGCUCUUCUGCUGCUGAUGCGGAAGAAAACAAAUCAGCUUCCACGAGCCCCAAGAUUAACCUCUUCGUGAAGGCUGGCGUCGAUGGGGAGAGCAUCGGCAACUGCCCCUUCUCUCAGCGCCUCUUCAUGAUCCUCUGGCUGAAAGGAGUUGUGUUCAACGUCACCACCGUGGAUCUGAAAAGAAAGCCAGCCGACCUGCACAACCUCGCCCCCGGCACCCAUCCGCCCUUCCUGACCUUCAACGGGGAUGUGAAGACGGACGUCAAUAAGAUCGAGGAGUUCCUGGAGGAGACUUUGACCCCCGAAAAGUACCCCAGACUGGCCGCGAAGCACCGGGAGUCCAACACAGCGGGCAUCGACAUCUUCUCCAAGUUCUCUGCCUACAUCAAAAACACGAAGCAGCAGAGCAAUGCUGCCCUUGAGAGAGGCCUCACCAAGGCGCUGAAAAAACUGGAUGACUACCUGAACACGCCUCUGCCGGAGGAGAUUGAUGCCGACACCCGUGGGGACGAUGACAAGGGCUCCCGGCGCAAGUUCCUGGACGGAGACGAGCUGACUCUGGCUGACUGCAACCUGCUGCCCAAGCUCCACGUGGUCAAGAUUGUGGCCAAGAAGUACCGCAACUACGACUUCCCGGCCGAGAUGACGGGGCUGUGGCGGUACCUGAGGAACGCCUACGCCCGGGACGAGUUCACCAACACGUGCGCGGCCGACAGCGAGAUCGAGCUGGCCUACGCCGACGUGGCCAAGCGCCUGAGCCGGUCCUGAGCGCGGCCCGCCCGCCCGGCACAGCUGCAGAAGGCCUCCACGCCUCCCCCAGGACGCCGGCUGCACAGGCUCCUCUUCCACGUCGCCUCGGGAAAACUUUUCUUUUUUUUUUUAAAUCAGGCCGCAUCUUGCUAGCAUCAUUGGAACCCCAGCUUGCCGUCUUUGACGAAGGUCUGCGCCAUCCCCGUCUGAUCAGGCAGGAAUCUGCAAGCGGAUAUGAUAGAAACGGUCAAGCUCUCAGCCUCCGGAGCUGGGCUGGGUUCAGUGUCUUUGGGGUCAGCGUGGGAGAACCCAUCUCUGGGACUGUCACAGCCCCCUUUUGCCAAUAUCAGAAUAUCUCCUCCGAUGCAUUAGAAACAUGAAACACCUGUGUCCUGGUCCACCCUGCUCGUUGUCAGUAACUCCAAGGUCAAGGCCAAAUGCCAUCUUAGUUCUUGUGAGAAAGAGGUGCAGUGCUGUGUUAGGGCAGACGGCGGGUGGACCUGAAGGAGGGAGCAGGCUGUGGAUCUAGGCAUCGGGCAGACACUCCUUCAGUCACUUGCUACUUCCUGACACUCCUGUCACUUUGCACACUGAAGGCCAGAUUGAAAGCCACUUCAGACGCAGUCUCAGUUUGCUGCAGUGCUGGGCACGGGGAGAUGCUAUCACGUACCUGGUCGAUGCUUACCUCCACUUUUAUCUGUCCUGACUUUGCCUGGAAAGGAAAUUGGCUUGUAAUUCCAAACUGGGGUGACUCAAAAGGGGAGGAGAGUGGUGUUGAUGCCAAAAGGCCCACGGGGGUCUGCCAGCCGCAGGGUUUGCUUGCUUAUGGGUAGUCAUUUUAUGGGAGGUUUCAUGCCUGCGUUUGAUCCUGUUUAUCCACGAGUGAAUUUUGGUCUGUGAGAAAGCAGACGGGAGUGGGAGGUGGAGGGAUGGGUGAGCAUUAUAUAAGUUCUUUCCGAGGCUCUGUGUUCCCUGGGAAUCUUUUAGACAGGUCUUCUCUCCCAUGGUCUAACUAAGUCUUGAACUGGUGAUGUCAUGUGACUACUAACCUUAUAGCAAAAACUCAAGAAUUGGCCAAAAAUGACUUUCCAGGCUCUUCAAGUUGUUCCUGGAUGUGAGUCUGUUAGCUGGGUGCACCCUGAUUCAGCCUCUGACGGGCAAGAAAUACGUUUGGGAGGUGGCAUGAUCAUGGGACACCUUAGGAAGAAAGUCCACAGGGCCUUUCUGACUGGGAAGCCGUGUGGUUUGAACUUGAAGGAAAAAAUAUAUGUGCAUCUGGGUUAAUUUUCCUACCGUCUGACUCAACUGCCAGAUGAAAAACAGGACACUUCUUUUCAGCUAAUCUUUCACUCUUUAGCCCUUCUCCUUGAGUUUCACCUCCUUAAAAGCUCACCCAGCUGGAGCAUGGGACCUGGGCAGGCGAACGAAGAAAAGUGAAUUAGUGAUUAGUUCCUUGUUGCAGUGAACACCCCCUGAGGACAUCCACCCCUGCACCCACUGCCACAGGCCCUCACCUUCAGCAGUCCUUCCUUCUGUGUUGUCUGUUGGUGGAAGGUGAGGCUCUCAAGUGCCCGGAAGCCUCAGGACUUGACUCACUGGUCAGCGAGGGCAGGACGGCACGGAGCUUUUCCAUACAGACAUCAUCGGUUUCUAACCCAAGAAAUCCCUGGACUUCCCUCCGUCCUGAGGUCUCUGGAGGAAAAAGAGACCCACUGAUGAGAACAGAGAGGAGGGAGCAGAUCUCCUUCAGCCCAGGGAGAAAGAGGACAUUUGUCAGUAGGACAUUCUGUGAGCCUGAGACCUUUGAAACGGAGGUGAUUCAUUUCCACCUCUAAGGGGACCUUUCCAUGGGCUCCCUGGAAGCUUUGUCCCUGCCGAUGUUGGAAAAGGGCAACUGGUGAGGAAACAUGCCUUUUAAACUGUAGGGAAAAGCCCCAAACUGGCCUCCUGGGAGACGAAAUCUCGAAUGAUCCCAAAGGCCUUUUAAUUAGUGGGAAAUCCAUUGUCCCAGGAAAUUCUUCCCUGGACUUAACAGCACUGACAUGAUGAUCUAAGGGGCAGUUUAAUUUCCUGAGACCCCCCGGAGGUGCUGAUCUGAGAAGCACAGCCAACCAGCUGCAGAGAGAACAGGAGGACGCCCAGGUGGAGUGGCUCCCCCAUCAUUUGGACACUAAUGAUGCUGACUUGAUGUUCAGAAUUCAGCAAUUGGCGAGUCUUUAACACAGCCUUUAAAAACAAGCCAAAUCGAAGCAAUGUUGUUGGUUCUAUACAUUCCUUCUGUGGUUGACUUACCUGUAUGUAAAUAACAAUACUAAGACACUGGAGUGGGGCUGGGGCAGUUAUAUGAUUAGUUACAACCAUUUAAAAGAGGGAGAGGAGACAGAUGGAAGGCCCUUCUGGGUACUUACCAGAAUAUCUUUCAUUUCAACAAACUAUCAUAUGAUGCAACUGACUGUUAACUUAGAGCUUUAAUAUCUAUGACCAGAUUUAUCAGAGCACUUAAAAAUAAUUAUAAUAUUGCCUUCUGAUUUUUUAAAAGAGAUUUUUCUCCAGAUUCUUCAGCCUCCCUGGGUUUUCGGCCAUUAACCUUGUCAUGUACACAGCAGAUCAUCUCCAGAUAACAGUGUGGAGAGGUCCUUCAGUGUCCCCAGAACCAACUCAGGGAAUAUGGAAGGUCUGCAAUUUGACCCCACACCCCAGAGGGUGAAGACAAGAGGUCACCCUUGUCAUUGGUCUGGAAUGAAUAUUGAGGCCUCAGAAAUAGUUACUCCUGUUGCAUGCCUUCAUUGCCUGACAAUUCAGAACCACAGGCCAUCUUGUUUUCAACAAGGGGUACAGCUCCCUGGCACCAGGCUGCUGAAUUGAAAAGUGAAACACACAUUCCAUCAGGUUAUUUCGCCAGAGGAUCUCAAACCAGUUUCAGCUUCCCAAGAAAUGGCACUGUCUUCAGCGAUCACUUCUCAUGCUAGAGGGGCCAUUGAAGGUCUUGAUUGUUUUGUUGUUGUUGUUGUUGUUGUUAGAGAAAGGCCAUACCAAGAGUGAGGGCUCCUGGGCUGAACCUUCUAGCAUUUGGUCAAGUGAAACAACAGAAGCUUAUCACGGCACCUGUGCCCACUGGCCCCUCUUCAGUAGGACGAUACCACGCAUCUUAGAUUGGUUGCAAAAUGGAUCGUGUCUGGAAUGAACCCUGAAGAUCUGAGAGUCCUAGGAAUCAGCAAGACCUAGACAAAUAGAAUUAAAAGGGGGGCAGAGUCAGGAAGGUGUAGGCCUACUUAGUGAGAGUUUUCCAUCAGAAGACAAAAGUGAGACUUUUUAAAAUAUACAUAUAACAUUAAAAAGAAUCAGAAGCAUUAGAGAAAGAAGUGUGUGUGUGAAGCAUCCUGGUUCUGGUUUUAGGACAGAAGCGGUCACUUCAUUGGCCGUGGGGCCUUUCUGGCACACAAGGGCCACUGUCUUCUGUCCACUGGUCUUUGCCUUUAACCUAGACGACACGUGCCCUCCCGUGAGUGCACGUUCCUCUCCCUGUGUCAAUACUCUCCUCCCAGCUCAGUUUCAGGGCACUUUGAUUUCAUAAUUAGUUAUGAGCCAAAGUGUGCAUCAUCUUAAUGUUACUUAAGGAAAUGGAUCCAAUGUUCCCCUCCCCAACCAAAAAUAAAAUUUUAAGUUGCCUCAUUAUAGGGUUGGGCUAAUCAGUGUCUCUAUAAAAGCUGUCUUUUUUUUGGCAAAAUAAAAUUUUAAGGAUCCAAUCAUCUAUGGUAUUUUAUGCAUCAUUAGAGAUUUUGCAACACUGACUAUGCAUAUAUUUACAAUACAAAAUAUCCAGCUGAUGUUUGAAUUUGUCUUAGCUUUCCUGACCACCUGGCUGUCCCAUUUUAUAAACUGGGGAGCUACCUAAUUUGGCAAAAGAAGCCUUAAAAGAUCAAGCAUUUCAUCUUAUAAAGACGCUCCAAAGGAUGGUAACUUGAUUUUCUCAAGACCUUCAAUUGUGGCGAACAAGUAACAGGACUUGCUUUCAAGCCUUAAUAAUCUAAGAUGCCUUUUAAUGAAGACAUUGCUGUGUUUUCCUCAUGAAUCUGAACCAGUUAUAAAUUUGUUUCCCAACCUUGAUUGGUAUUGACUGAUUCAAAUAAAGUUGGUUUAUUUUCAAAUAUUA